GAAGGGGAGGCAGCGCAGGAAAAAAAGCCCUAGCUCUCAGUCACCGUUUAGCCCUCAAUUAAUCAGCGCGUGUUUGCUGCGUGGACACCGGGAGAUUUGUGGCUGCCGCAGUGUCCAGUCCCUCAGCAGCCCCUCAGCUCCAGGCUUUUAUAGACUGCAGCCGGACCGGACUGUACGCAGUGCUGGAUUUCAGUGCUCUCCAGCGGACGUGGGGCCAGGCUUCGCACCAAACCAACGUGCAUCUCGUGCUCUUCAUGUGAACAUGUGAUCUCAGCACAGCUGCUGCCAGCACAUCGAUCAAGAUUAAUCCACUAGACUGGAAUGUACGCUGGCUGGAGAUGAAUUAGGGCAUCUGCGGAUACAAAGAAGAACGAGUCCAGAACGCAAGAACAUCAUCUGAGCUAACUUACUCAAAAACCAAAUAAAAAAGGUCAGAAAUGAGGCUUGUGAACUGGAACCUCCCCACCAGCUCUUUAGGGGUGCUCCAUGGAGUGGCUCGGACAUUCAAUCUAAAGAGAAGUUGUGCACAACCUUAUCAAGCAGAGUAACUGGACUUCCAGCCCAACUGACGCUUCCAGCUUCCACUAAAAUAAGGCAUCACUAAAAAGCACUGAUAAGCCAGAGUCAGUGUUUAUCAGUAGACAAUCCAGCAGUGACAGUGACAACUCCACCUAAUCUCCAACACCAGUGAAAGCCUUGUUCACUCUACUCCCUGUGGGUUACAUCUCAGCUCCCUACCUGAGCUACCACCUGGGUGAGCGGAGGAACCAUGGAUGAAGCACAUGAAUCCAGUUCAGCUCGAUCAAGGAGUGAAGGAGGAGGUAUGGUGAGAAGUGCCUUACUCUGGGGGACUGUGGCUGUUGCCAUUUUUUCAUUUUCGUGGGUGCCUGCUGUUCAGGCUGAUUGUUGGCUGAUUGAAGGUGAGAAGGGUUUCGUAUGGCUAGCCAUCUGUAGCCAGAACCAACCACCGUAUGAAGCAAUCCCAUUACACAUUAACAGCACCAUCGUUGACCUGCGACUCAAUGAAAACAAAAUUCGGAGCAUCCACUUAUCUGCCUUGAGCCGUUUCAGCAACCUCACUUACCUGAACUUGACCAAGAACGAUAUUUCCUACAUAGAGGAUGGGGCUUUCUCUGCUCAGUUUAAUCUGCAGGUGCUGCAGAUCGGUUUCAACAAGCUGAGGAACUUGACCGAAGGCAUGCUGAGAGGCUUGGGGAGGCUGCAGUACCUGUACCUUCAGGCUAACCUGAUUGAGACCGUCUCACCUAAUGCCUUCUGGGAGUGCCCGGCCAUCGAGAACAUUGACCUGUCCAUGAACAGGAUCCAGCAGCUGGAUGGAAGUACUUUCCGAGACCUAGCUAAACUAACCACAUGCGAGCUCUACUCCAACCCAUUUGCUUGCUCCUGUGAACUGCUGGGAUUCUUGCGCUGGCUAGCGUCAUUCCCUAAUCGAACGAGCGAGAGGAUGAUAUGUGAUACGCCGGCUGGCUUUUCUGGGUACAGCCUCCUAAGCCAGAAUCCUAGGAUGCCAGCAUAUCGCAACGCUUUCCACGCCCUCUCCACUGUCUGCACAGAUGAGUAUGUGACCCCGAACUUGCUUGGAUCUUCAGAUGGGGGCACACCCACAAUCCUGCCAGAUUUGAGUCCCUGUGGUUCAGAUGACUGCGCUUCAGGGGCAUUUACAAACGAAGCUUUCAACAUCAUCCCAACGUUCUUAGGUCCGGCUCACUCCCGUCCAGUCAUUAGGCUUAAAGAGAUGACCCACACGAGUGCAGUAAUAACAGUUGACAUCCCAUACCCAUACAACAAAAUGUACAUCCUCGUCCUUUACAAUAACAGCUUCUUCACAGACAUUCAGAACCUCAAACGCCACAGUGAGGAGAUCGAGUUGGAGAACCUUAAAUCACACACAGACUACACAUACUGCGUGGCAUCAAUACGCAAUUCUUUGCGCUAUAACCACACCUGCUUGACAAUCUCCACCAGUCCUAAGACCAUGCGAGAGCGUGUGCCAAACGAUGCAUCUACUACUCACAAUAUUAUGACUAUACUGGGCUGCUUUUUCGGAAUGAUCAUCGUGUUAGGUGUGGUGUAUCACUGCGUGAGGAAGCGCAAGCAGGCAGAUGAGACAAAGAUCAAGAAACUUGAGAAGAUGAAAAGGAAUUUGAUUGAGAUGAAGUACGGAUCAGAACUGGAAAGCGGGACUAUCUCACAACUAUCUCAAAAACAAAUGAUGUCCCCUGGGGAGUCCGUUCAGAGAAUGCCGUAUUUACCGGCGUCCAGCGAAUCAGACCAGUACAAGGUGCAGGAGAUAUCAGGCACUCCAAAAACCACAAAAGGAAAUUACAUGGAAGUGAGGUCAGAGCAGUCAGAUCGAAUGGAAUGCAAUGUUCCCCUGUCAGAAAACAGCCAGAGCUCUGUGGCAGAGAUAUCAACAAUUGCUAAAGAAGUGGACAAAGUAAAUCAGAUCAUCAACAACUGCAUCGAUGCGCUCAAAUCUGAGUCCGCCUCCUUCCAGGCUGUGAAGUCCGGUGCCGUGUCCACGGCCGAGCCUCAACUGGUUCUCAUUUCAGAGCACCCACCAGGCAAGUCCGGUCUUCUCUCACCUGUGUACAAAGGAGGCUACCACCACCCCCUGCAGAGGCACCACAGCAUGGAAGCUCAAGCGAAGCGUGCCAGCACGUCCUCAAGCGGUUCAAUGCGCAGUCCUCGAUCCUUCCGUUCAGAGGGCGCCUACCGCUCUGAGUCCAAGUACAUCGAGAAGUCUUCUAUGGACGAGUCUGGAAUUCUGACAGUCACCCCGGCGGCAGCAAUACUUCGAGCAGAGGCGGAGAGGAUACGACACUACAGCGAGCACAGGCACUCCUAUCCCGGCCCCCACCACAUGGAGGAAUCCAUAGAAGUUUCGGGAAGUCGGAAAUCGUCCAUCUUGGAGCCGUUAACCCGGUCGAGGCCACGUGAGCUCUCCUAUUCGCAGCUUUCUCCCCAAUACCACAACCUCAGCGGGUACUCCAGCCCAGAGUACAGCUGCCGGCCAUCGCUCAGCCUGUGGGAGCGGUUCAAACUCCACCGCAAACGCCACAGGGACGAGGAGGAGUACAUGGCUGCCGGUCACGCGUUACGGAGAAAAGUACAGUUUGCCAAAGACGAGGACCUACAUGACAUCCUUGACUACUGGAAGGGUGUUUCUGCUCAACAGAAAUUAUGAUCACUCGUUUUAUAGCGUACUCAAGUGUGGCCGACACAAGCCACACUUCAUUUUUUCUGGACCAAACAAAGCCAGUCUUGAUAAUUAAAUAAAAUAAAAAAUUCACUCAUUUUUAGAGAGUUAAAAACUUAGAUUAUAAUUCUGACUUCAUUUAACUAGCUAUUUUUACUAUUUGACAAUGAAACAGACAAAGUACGGUAGAUCUCGCAGUGUGUAUGUGCCAAAUAAUAAUAGAUAACUUUUAACAAUAUUAACCUCAAAUCAGAACACUUUUUAUAUUAUAUGAAGAUGAAGUAACAAUAGGAUAUUAUUGUAUUACUUAUUAUUACUAUCAUUACUGUCAUUAUUAUUAUUAUGAUUAUUAUUAUUGCCACUAUCUUCAUUGUUACUUAUAAGUAUUAUUAUUAUUAAGAUUGAUUAUUCUUAUUGAUUCUAUAAUUAAUCUUUGGUUAUCGCAUGGCCGUGUCCUGUGACAGUAUAUUGACUGUUGUGCACUUGGAGCAAAGAACUCAAACGACUCAAAAACAUCUGCCGAACACUGUUUGCCACAAUUUUACGGUUUCAAAAUGAACCGUGCUACUUUCUAAAUACUUUAUUUCCCACCUUUAAAGACUGUUCAAAGGGACUACUGCAGAAUUCUCAUCUAUUCAAGAGAACCUGAGUAGAGAAAUGUUCUAAAAGUUCCCACAGGAAACAUCUGUGUUGGCUUUUAAAAGGGGUGACUUUUGGGAAACAGCUUCUGUUGGCGCUUUCUUCGCUCUUUUUUGUAAAGUUUAUGUUCAGAAAUUUGCAAUGAAUGUCUUAAGUCCUUAAGGAUUAAAUCUGCACUGUUCAAUUACACACAGGAACACACACACACACACACACACUCUUUUGGAAUUUUUCUUCCCACAGGUUGAGUUUCAAAAGUAAUUUAAACUUUUAAACAGUGCCACAGGGGAAACUGUCUUUAUAGACACACACAGACUCACACACAUACAAGACCUCAGUGUACACAGAUCAUACAGAUCAUACACAUAGGAGAAUGAAUGUACAAUGGAUAUUUUAGCUUUCUCAGAAACCAGUCAUCUGUGUCUUUGAUUCACACCUCAUCCUUCAGUGUUACUCUGUGUUCACACUGGCAGGCAUCAGGUCAUUUGAGGCCACACAGGUGGGUAUGUUUUGGCGUGACCAGUUAGCAUGCUGGCUAAUCUAGCAAGCUAUCUAUCAAACUAUCUGCUCCUUUCCCUGUAAAUCUGCAAAGGCGUAUCAUAUAAAACAGAAAAAACAGAAGCAACUGUUGUAAAUCAAAAGUUCAGAGAGCAGAAGUUUGGGAUCUUGAACCCAAUUGGUCUACGAUUGGUUUAAAGAGUUUGGAAUUUAGACCUCUCUCAUAAAGGAGGAGUUGGCUGGGUAUUGCACUUGCCCCUUUGUCUUGGUAACUUAAAACAAAAGAAGAAUUGGGGUCUGGAAAAAUUACCCUGCGUUCAAAACUGUCCUCGCCAUUUGGUAUCAAAAGGACCCAAUUAAACCAAUAACUAAACUUUAUAUUUCUACAGUAAUUAAAUUAACUAGUUUCAAACUAUAAAUUCUCUCUGGACUGGCUGUAGAAACUUUUGACUGGGAUUCCCACCAUCUUGUCAUGUGAUCACUGACCAUCAAAUCCAAUGCUCUAUAAUCUGGGCUCUAAAAGCUUUCUCUGGACAUUAGAGACAGUCGAUUCACUGCAUCAUAUUUCUUUGUAUUAAGUUAAGAAAAUCUCAGCUUGAGCUGUCACUUGUUUGACGUGUCGUGUACCUAAAUUGUUGCUACGAAUCUCGUUCCUCAAAUGACGGAUGGCUUGUUGCUCAGUCGCCUGUCAGCAUGAGCGCAGGGUCAUUUUUCUAGACCCCAAUUCUUAUUUCGUUUUUUUCCCAAGUUACCAAGACAAAGGGACAAGUGCAACGCCCAGCCAACUCUUCCUGUAUGCGAGAGGUCUAAAUCCGUAUGACCUCCAGACCGUGUUCCUGCAAGAUCAGCUCUGCAGAAAGACGAGUUUACAGAGAUGUGUCUUCUCUCUUUUAGCUAUUGAACUGCUCUAAACUGCUGACCCAGGCCAUUCCUGAAGAGAGCAAUCUUUUCUCACAGACAGCAAUGCUGAUAGACCGUUUAGACUCCACUGCUGGAAUUGUGCUAUAAAUUCUGAAGAACUACUCUCUACAAAGAGGCGAAUGUCAUUACAGACUUCUGCCACGCUGGUGGCUUGCACAGUGUCUUUGUUUAUGGAUUCGAUUUGAUUUGUCUCCAUGGGCUCCAGUGUGAUGAUGGAAAAAACUGCAGAGUCAAAAUAACGAUCAUGUGAGUUGUUGAAAUAGUGUAGAACUGCUGGUAAGAAAGGAUAUUAUUGUUCCAGGAAAGCUGGAAGGAUUUAUUCAUAAACAGGGGCGUAACGAUGUUCUUAGGCUGUAAGAUUCAAUGGUCUUCUACAGGUCUACAGUUCUUACUGCUGUGUUCCCAGGGCUCUACACUCUACAAAUGAUUCUUUGAGCAACAUCAUAGAAAAAUAAUUUCAGUUUUAUAAAGAGACACAUGUGUCAAAGGAAUUUGUGAACGAACCUACAUGAAGAUGGUUUUUAAAGUCAUAUAAAAACUGUAGAAAGUGGUUCUAAAUGUAACUAAAAGUGCUUAUUUUAUAUGAAAAUGCUCAAAGAACCAGUUGUAGCACAAAUCUGGUUCUUCUUAAAUCUUUGUUAAUAACAUCAUGCUCACAAUGAUGGGCCCUAAUAAUUAUAAUAAGGGUUUUAGGAUCAUUAAAGGUUAUAUUAAAGAAUUUGCAAUAAGUCUCUCUCUUUACAGUCACACUUUCUCAGAUUUCUUUAGAUUUGACAGUCCCUUUGUAAAAGAUCUAC